ACGGGCGGCAAAGCGGAAAACUCGGAAAAGUCGGGGAGAACCGAACGGAGAGUCCUAGAAAUAAAUACAAAAAAUUGGAAAAGCCGAAGAAACGCGAGUGCAAGAAAAACGUUGCAGUGGAAAUUGCGGACAGGCGGAAACCGCGUUUCGCUUACAUUGUCCAGGCAUCUCGAGUGCUUAAAUAUUUCAAAAGGCAUUUCAUCAUCGCUACAAAAUCAAUUCUCGAGUGAGCCUUUAAGCAGGCAUUGACAACAAAUUGAAACCGAAAUUAAAAACACAAAAACGCAAACCGCAGAAACAAAAACCGAUAUGUGUCUCGGGACAAUCAUCAAAAUUGCAUUGCCAUUGCGACAUUAAAAUGCAAUUUGUGCGGGUCGCCGACUCCAGUGACUGUCAAACCGUUGCCUCUUUAGCGGAUUAAUGUUUCUGUAAAUACCAAUCUGCCACCCAAAGAGCCGGACGAAAAAAAAAAUAUAGGCUGAAAACGGAAAAUUCAUCAGCAACAACACAGUCAAACAUGUCGACCAUAAUGCUGCUCAUUAUCGGUCACCUUUGGCUCUCGAUUGGCCUGAUCUCCGGGGACGAUUCGCUGGACACGCGUGAGGGCGUCGAUCUGGUGCUCAAGUGCCGCUUCACCGAGCAUUACGACUCAACCGAUUUCACCUUCUACUGGGCGCGAUGGACCUGCUGCCCCACAUUGUUCGAGAACGUGGCCAUUGGCGAUGUGCAGCUCAACUCGAAUUAUCGCUUGGACUUUCGACCGAGUCGUGGAAUUUAUGAUCUGCAAAUCAAGAACACGUCUUAUAAUCGGGAUAAUGGACGCUUUGAGUGUCGAAUCAAGGCGAAGGGGACGGGAGCGGAUGUCCAUCAGGAGUUCUACAAUUUGACGGUGCUGACAGCUCCUCAUCCUCCGAUGGUCACUCCCGGAAAUUUGGCAGUGGCCACCGAGGAAAAGCCGCUGGAAUUGACUUGCAGCAGUAUUGGUGGUUCACCGGAUCCAAUGAUAACCUGGUACCGGGAGGGCAGCACCGUGCCGCUGCAGUCGUAUGCGCUGAAGGGCGGAUCGAAGAACCACUAUACCAACGCCACCCUGCAGAUUGUUCCCCGAAGGGCCGACGAUGGCGCCAAGUACAAAUGCGUUGUCUGGAAUCGUGCCAUGCCCGAGGGUCAUAUGCUGGAGACCAGCGUCUCGUUGAAUGUCAACUAUUACCCUCGCGUAGAGGUGGGCCCCCAAAAUCCUCUGCGAGUGGAACGCGAUCAUGUGGCAAAACUGGAGUGUAGAGUGGAUGCCAAGCCGAUGGUCAGCAAUGUUCGAUGGUCUCGCAAUGGUCAAUAUGUGAGUGCCACGCCCACACACACUAUAUAUAGAGUGAAUCGUCAUCAUGCCGGGAAAUACACCUGCAGUGCGGACAAUGGUUUGGGCAAAACCGGGGAAAAGGAUAUAGUUCUGGAUGUCCUUUAUCCCCCGAUUGUGGUUAUAGAAUCGAAAACCCACGAGGCGGAGGAGGGAGAAACUGUUUUGAUUCGUUGCAAUGUCACCGCAAAUCCUACACCCAUUAAUAUUGAAUGGUUGAAGGAAGGAGCUCCCGAUUUCCGAUACACGGGAGAGCUUUUGACCCUGGGUUCUGUGAGAGCUGAACAUGCUGGCAACUAUAUUUGCCGAUCGGUGAAUAUAAUGCAACCAUUUAGUUCUAAAAGGGUAGAGGGCGUGGGUAAUUCCACGGUGGCCUUGUUAGUUCGACAUCGUCCGGGACAGGCGUAUAUAACCCCCAAUAAGCCCGUCGUUCAUGUCGGCAAUGGCGUGACCUUGACCUGUUCAGCAAAUCCACCAGGAUGGCCUGUUCCCCAAUACCGAUGGUUCCGCGACAUGGACGGUGAUAUAGGAAAUACGCAAAAAAUCCUGGCACAAGGUCCCCAAUACUCGAUACCCAAAGCCCACUUGGGUAGCGAGGGAAAAUACCAUUGUCAUGCGGUGAAUGAGUUGGGAAUCGGUAAAAUAGCCACCAUCAUUUUAGAAGUACAUCAGCCACCUCAGUUUCUGGCCAAACUGCAGCAACACAUGACUCGAAGGGUUGGUGAUGUGGACUAUGCGGUGACUUGCAGUGCCAAAGGAAAGCCCACUCCGCAAAUUCGAUGGAUCAAAGAUGGCACCGAGAUUUUACCCACUCGAAAAAUGUUGUUCGAUAUAAGAACCACGCCCACCGAUGCCGGUGGUGGAGUGGUGGCGGUGCAGAGUAUCCUGAAAUUCAGGGGCAAAGCCAGGCCCAAUGGAAACCAACUGCUGCCAAACGACAGAGGUCUAUACACUUGUCUAUACGAAAACGAUGUGAAUUCGGCCAAUUCUUCGAUGCAUUUGAGGAUCGAACACGAGCCCAUAAUCAUUCACCAGUACAACAAGGUGGCCUACGAUCUGCGGGAAUCAGCUGAGGUCGUUUGCCGGGUUCAGGCAUAUCCAAAACCUGAGUUUCAAUGGCAAUUCGGAAACAAUCCUUCGCCGUUGACCAUGUCUUCGGAUGGACACUACGAAAUCAGUACAAGGAUGGAGAAUAAUGACAUAUACACUUCCAUCUUGAAGAUAGCCCACUUACAGCACUCCGAUUACGGGGAAUAUAUAUGCAGAGCGGUCAAUCCCUUGGAUAGCAUAAGAGCUCCUGUGAGAUUGCAGCCCAAAGGAGCGCCGGAAAAGCCGAUGAAUCUAAAAAUCCUCGAGGUGGGUCACAAUUAUGCUGUCUUGAAUUGGCAACCGGGAUUCAAUGGAGGCUUUACGAACACUAAAUACUUGGUGAGCUAUAGGCGAGUGACCACGCCCAGGGAGCAGACCUUGUCCGAUUGUUCGGGUCACGGUUACAUACCCAGCUACCAGAUAAGCAGUUCGUCCAGUAACUCCAACCACGAAUGGAUCGAAUUCAAUUGCUUUAAGGAAAACCCCUGUAAACUGUCGCCUUUAGAUCAGCAUCAGAGUUACAUGUUCAAGGUUUAUGCUCUGAACUCCAAGGGAUCUUCGGGCUAUUCGAAUGAUAUAUUAGCCACCACUAAAGUCAGUAAGAUUCCACCGCCCUUGCACGUGAGCUAUGAUCCCAAUUCGCAUGUGUUGGGCAUUAAUGUGGCCGCCACGUGCUUGUCCCUGAUUGCGGUGGUGGAAUCACUGGUCACUCGGGACGCCACUGUGCCCAUGUGGGAGAUUGUGGAGACCUUGACCCUGCUUCCCUCGGGCAGUGAAACGACCUUCAAGGAGGCGGUGAUCAGUCAAAUGUCGAGACCCGCCCACUACACCACGGCCACCACAUCGGGUCGGAGUCUGGGGGCAGGCGGAGGGGGUGGUGGCUCGCACCUGGGCGAGGAUCGCACCAUGGCCUUGGCGGAGACAGCGGGUCCGGGUCCCGUGGUGCGGGUGAAACUGUGCCUCAGGUCCAACCACGAACAUUGCGGAGCCUACGCCAAUGCAGAAAUUGGCAAGUCCUACAUGCCGCACAAAUCCUCCAUGACAACCUCUGCGUUGGUGGCCAUCGUCAUCGCCUCGAUUUCGUUCCUGGUCUUCCUGGCCCUCCUCUACGCUUUUUGUCGCUGUCGCCGGAGAAACGCCUCCAAAAAAGAAAGUGGGUCGACGGGAGGAGGAGCCUCGAGUGCCUCGAACACCGGCUCAAAUCCAGGAGCCACGGUGGCCAAGGAGUACGACCUUGAUCUGGACGCCAGCAGAAGACCUUCGCUUAGUCAGGACCCACAGCAAUCGCAGCAGCAGCCUCCACCGCCGCCCCCUUACUACCCCACUGGAAGUCUGGACUCCAAGGACAUUGGCAAUGGUAAUGGUGGGCGGGAACUGACCCUCACCGCCCUCCACGAUCCCGAUGAGCAGCUGAAUAUGCAACAGCAGCAGCAGCACCACAAUAGCCACGGCCAGUACCAACAGCCCAAGGCCAUCCUGGGAAUCUACGGGGGAGUGGGCGGUGCGGGGGGCAAUGGAUCCGGCGGACAGCAUCCACAUUCGAACGGCUACGGCUAUCAUGUGACAAGUGCCAUCGGCGUGGACGGCGACAGCUAUCAAGUGCUGCCCUCCGCCGCCAACUCAGCAACCGGCUCCCACGGACAUGGAAGCGGACAUGGACAUGGACAUGGCCACGGACUAGGAGCCGGAGAGUCAGGACCACUUGAGGCGAUGCCAGCAACAUGCAACAUCAGUGGCAGCAGCAGCAACAUUAACCCAAUGCAGCAGCAACAUCCAGCACGCGCCAAUUUAACGAGCCAACCCACCAUCGCCAACACCACCACCAACAACUACAACAACAACAACAACAAUCACUCCGACAACAGCACCACCAACAACACCAACAAUUGCACCACCCUGAAACGCAGCCAUUUGGGAAAUAGAGAAAGGGAAAGAUCCCAAGUAACCGCAGCCACAGCGGCGACAACAACAGCAUUGGCAACCACCAUAACAACAACAUCUCGUAACGCCAAGGCAGCAACAACAACAACCACACUAGCCAUCACAGGGUCCAGCAACACUUCGAACGAGAACAACUACAGUAAUGCCAGGGAUCUGUCGCAGGAGGCAUUGUGGCGCCUCCAAAUGGCCGCCGCCCAGUCGCAGCAGAUUUAUGUGGAACGGCCACCGUCGGCAUUCAGUGGCCUGGUCGACUACAGUGGCUACUCGCCGCACAUCCCGACGGUCACCAGCUCCCUCAGCCAGCAGAGUUUCAGUCCCACGCAGCAGUUGGCGCCCCACGAAAUGCUGCAGGCAGCCCAGCGGUAUGGAACUCUCAGGAAAUCCGGAAAACAACCGCCUCUGCCGCCGCAGCGAAAGGACUUGCAACAGCAGGCGAAGCCACCACAGCAAAUGGCGGAUAUUAUACAGGAUUUGGCAAAUUAAACUAAUUGCCAGUUAAGAGACAACAACCCGCAACAAAAAUGGCAACCAAAUACAUUUUGACAUAAGCAUUAAAGUAAGUAAGUAGCAAAUAAAAAUAGAGAAACACAUGCAUAAAAAAUUAAAAUGUUUAGCUGUUUAAGUGGCGUGAAAAUUGCUAACUAUGCGAGUAUAAAAAGCAAAACAAGAGAAAACUUGCCUAUUUCGACCAAAAACCCAGAAAAAAUGAUGUAAAUGUGAACUAUAUACUGAAAUACAUGAAAAGAGUAAUAAGUAAAACACGAAAAUGCUAGGAAUCAAUACAAGAAUUUAAAUUGACAUUUAAUUAGAUCAGGCGAAACAUGAAAAUUAACAUCGAAAGAAAAAAAUAUGUAAAUUGUCUUCUGGAAAAAGUAUUAACAUGUAUUUGUUUCUUUUUAAGUUAUUGGCUUAAUUAUUUAAACAGUAUUGUUGCUCAAAAAACUAGUAUAGAUCAAUAUAAGAAUACUUUCCGAGGACUAUUUUUUUCGAUAAGAAUAAAUAAACUCAUAAAAAGAACAUUCGAAUAAUAUUUCCAAAACAACCCCAUUUGUACAAAAGUACAAAUCGAAUUUUUUAUUUAUGUUUAAAUAAUAAUGUAUUCUAUACUUUUUGAACAUGUGGCCAAAAUAUUGAGGUCCAUGGCGACAAACUGCAAAAACACCGCCAUAAUAUUCUGGUCAAAUCAUUGUUAAACCGACAGCCAAACACAAAAGCCACCUUUUGAGGUUUCUAUGCUUUUUUUAGAGCCAGUUUGCAGAAUAUGGAAAUUGUGUUCGUUUAAAUCAAAUAAAAGAGACAAAAUGUUCAUUUAAUUGCUUUUCCAGCCAGUCGGCCAAAAUAAGCAUGACCAAUAAAAAUCAAACUUCGACACAAUGCGAAAAAAGGGGAAAGGUUGGCAAAAGUUUUCGACUUCUCAUUAGCUUUUGUCUCCAUUGGGGCAUUAAAUUGGAACGAAUAUUUGUUUGCUCGGUUCGACUAAUUGCGCUGCUAAUUUCAAUUGUUCGCAUUGUCGGCGAGCAAUAAUAAUGCAAAAAUUGUAAUUACAAAUUAACAAUUGGUCGUCUGGGUCCCUCGAUGACCUAAAAUUAGAUUGUGUAAAUUUGCAAAUUAAUUUGCCAUUGCACAAAGCCCUCAGUGCCAUUCAGUAUUUGGCGAAAUCAGAGCACACAAUAUAAAUUUAUUUACUUGUGCAAUCUGUAAAUAGUAGACAUGGAGUCAUUUAAUUGCAACUGCCACCAACUUUAAAACUGAACGCUGCCAGUCAAAAUUCCAAGUGUGUUGCAUUUACAUAUAGGCUUACUACAAAAUAUUUACACAGCGACAAACAAAACCGCAGAAUAUUGAAGUUAAGAUAGCAAAACUAUCUGUUAGCGUAAAGAGAAAAAUCUUUGAAAUAAAUCAAUGAUAGCCGAAAAAAAGAGUAAUCCACACCCAAAAAAUCGAAUUCAAUUUUGCGAUAAGCUGCGAUAAGUUUAAAAAAGAUUUCUUAUUCCAAAAUUGAGUGAAAAGUUUAGUACGAACACUUUUUCAGUUGUUAUUCACUUUUCGCCUUCAUUCCUGAAAAGUGAUUACAGAAAAAUCAUCAGCCAAACUUUCACAAAACUUUCUCCCGACUUGAGGGUGGAAUGAAAAUUUCAUAAAUAUUGAUUCGCAUGCCUUUCUUUUUUCACUCUGACAGUAAAUAAAAUCGAACAAAUUUGUAGCCAUCAGAAUGGGUUGUAAAAACAUUUAGUUGUACAGAUUUUUCUCUUGUUUUCAAUUUAAAAACCAAACCCUUUAGCACUCAGUGAUAUAGCAAAGAAAACAAAAGGAAACACACAAUAUUUUAUUGCACAGCAAAGCAAAUAAAAAAGUGAGAAAUAUCUUUAAUCCAAUACUUGUUCAGCUCCGUUAUGAAAUAUUCAAGUAAUAAAUCCACAUAAUUGAAGCAUUUAUUUUGAUGUUUAGCAAACAAAAAACAGCGUAAAAUAUGAAUGCAGAAAAAGAGAAAUGCAUCAGUAUUUUUUGGGAAUGUUUGCGCAACAAUUUAUGCAUGGAAAUUAAGUUAAAUAAAUGAACUUACAUUUUUUAAUAAAAGUUGCGCAUACACAAAUCACCCCCAGCAAUAGAAAUCAAUUAAAUGGAUAAUUAAAUUUUAAGGACAUUGUAAAUACAUAAACAGAGUAAACCAAAGAGUAUAGGAAAUCUAUGUGAACAGAAGUUUAAUUCGAAAUAUAAUAUGUUUAAAGUAUGAUCAAUACAAUUUAAAAUAUACUAAGUAAGAAAUGGAUUUUUGGAAGUCUUUGUGUGGCUCUGAGUAAGAUAUUAGUUGUAGAUCUCAAUUGCAUAAUUGCAUUCACUGUAUACUUUUAAGAAUGUUAAGAUUUGAUUUCCCAUUGUCCUUAAAACUAUGUAUUAUACAAAAUCAAUGCUUUAGAAUUUGUAUUUAUUGCCCAAACACACUCAGACCACAUUCACAUUUUUCCACUAUCCAUCUAGAUAUAAGCCAAAAUAUAUUUGUAAUCCAAAACCAAAUGAGAUCAAAAUAGUCGAUAAACCUAUGUGUAAGUCUGCAAUUUUGUUUAACAGUCCAUUUGGUCAAUGUCCGUUUUAUAGUUUCCUCUCCAACUAAGUGUAAACUAUUAAAAACUGUUCUCCAAAUGAAAACUAAAACAACAGAAAUGUACACGCCAGGCGUUUGUAACAUUUUAUUCACAUUUUUAUUGCGAAACCAAACAAAUUAAACUAAUUUUUACUGUACACCUAGACCGUAAUGAUAUACGAUAUUAUACAAUGUAAAACAGAAUAUACGAUUACUAUAAAGUAAAUAAAAUGAAAAUUAAACUAA